AUGCCUGGGUCACACUUGUUCCCUGCAAAUUUAUUGAGCAUCCAUCCAUGGAUAUGGGCAUAUCUGGGCAGUAAGAACGCCGCGAUUUCCAUGCUCACUCAGACCCAGAGCAGUGGAGCUCGCUGCAAGAUUCAUAUCAUAGAAAGCUUUGUGCCGCUAUCACAAAGACUCGGCGACAUAAAGGGGCUCAAUUGGCGCCUCGCCGACGUGUCUAGUGCGCAUCGGGGCACAAGAAUCGCGUCGACCUUGUCGUCAACGACGAAUGGCGCAGGAUCUCUGAACAAAGGAUCCCAGGAAAUCAAGGACCCUGGCUGA